GACCUCGGAAUUGACCAAUUUAAUCAAUGGUUAACGGCCUGAGUGAACUAUCUUAAUUUGUUCAUCGUCUUUGGUACUAGUUUGCGCAAAUCUUUGGCACACUCUACCAGUUUACAUCUAUUUUUUUAAAUUAAACGAAUGUCAGUAGUUGACUAGUCGUUUAACAUUGGGCGACUGCCGAUUGAUCACAAUCUACAAAGUAUGUUUUAUCUAGUGUUACUGCUGUCCACGGAUAAUUCGUAACCACUCGGCUACAUGGUUUUAACUAGUUACCACAGCCAACAAAAUUGUCUAUAUCGUAAAAAUUCAUGAAAACAAAAAUUUGCUUUUGGGUCUUCAAUCGAGGUUAGGGUUGGGUAUAAGGUUAGCAGUGUGAUUAUGUUUUGGUUUAAAAUCAGCUUUUUAGAGGAUAUAUUUGAGAAAUAGACGAGAAAUAGACGUUUGACUGUGGCUGGAGUAACUAGUGAAAAUCCGGCUACAGACCACUUGCGGCAAGAGUUUCCUUCCUGACAAUCGCUGCUGCUUGUUGUGCGCAAGCUAGCUAGCGGUAGCUUGGUUGGUGCAAGAAACUAAGAUUGAAGAGGGAACUAUUUUGCUCCUCGCCAAUCAACUGCCUUUUUAAACAACUGGUCAUAUGUAAUUCGCUUAGAUAAAUUCUUUCCGGUUAUCAAAUGAGUAUAGAAGCACAUCAAUUCCCUUGACUUUUUUUGAAGGCCUUUUUUCCCUCUGCAAAGGAUGUCUAAACGAUUAAGGAAUAGUGAGGUUUGCGCGGAUUGCAGUGUCCCAGAGCCUCGCUGGGCCUCUGUGAACAGGGGCGUGCUGAUCUGCGACGAGUGCUGUAGUGUUCAUCGGAGUCUGGGCAGACACAGCUCCCAAGUGCGUCACCUGACUCACACACCAUGGGCUCCUACACAGCUACAAAUGGUUCAGACGUUAUACAACAACGGUGCAAAUUCGAUAUGGGAGCACUGUCUACUGGACCCGAUGAUGAGUGGUAAACGCAAGGCCAACCCUCAGGACAAAGUGCACCCAAACAAGACAGAGUUCAUAAAGGCCAAAUACCAAAUGCUGGCUUUUGUCCACCGGAUGCCUUGUCGAGAUGACGACAGCUUCACAGCCAAGGACUUAAGCAAGCAACUUCACUCCAGCGUCCGCACUGGUAACUUGGAGACAUGUCUGAGGUUACUCUCUCUUGGAGCCCAGGCCAAUUUCUUUGACCCAGAGAAAGGAAAUACGCCGCUGCAUGUGGCUGCAAAGGCAGGGCAGGUGUUUCAGGCAGAGCUGCUGACCGUCUACGGGGCUGACCCCGGCGCCCCCGACGCCAACGCCAAGACCCCCAUCAACUAUGCAAGGCAAGCUGGCUACCAUGACCUGGCUGAUAGGCUGGUAGAGAUCCAGUAUGAACUUACUGACAGACUGGCUUUCUAUCUCUGUGGGAGAAAGCCUAAUCAUAAAAAUGGCCAACACUUCAUCGUCCCACAGAUGGCCGACAGCAGUUUAGAUUUAUCAGAACUGGCAAAGGCGGCAAAGAAGAAACUCCAGUCUCUCAGUAAUCAUUUAUUUGAGGAGCUGGCGAUGGACGUGUUUGACGAAGUGGACCGAAGGGAGACCGAUGCUGUAUGGCUGGCGACACAGAACCACAGCACCCUGGUGACAGAGACCACAGUGGUGCCUUUCCUUCCUGUGAACCCAGAGUACUCAUCCACACGAAACCAGGGACGGCAAAAGCUUGCGAGAUUUAACGCACAUGAAUUUGCAACUCUUGUCAUCGACAUAUUAAGCGACUCGAAACGUCGACAGCUGGGGAACUCUACGAUACGUCCCAAAGAAAACGUUGAACUCAUCCUAAAAAGCCGGAGUGGUGGCGAUGGUCUGGACAACGACCAACCGGACUACGACAGCGUGGCCUCUGACGAGGACACGGAUAAGGAGACACUCUCGGGCAAGGACUGGACCAAGAGUCUGGACUCGGACCUGUCAGACGGGCCUGUCACGGUGCAGGAGUUCCUGGAGGUGAAGAACGCCUUGUCGGCCUCGGAGGCCAAGAUCCAGCAGCUGAUGAAGGUCAACAGCAACCUGAGCGACGAGCUGCGGCUGAUGCAGAAAAAGCUGCAUUCUCUGCAAAGCGAGAACACGUCUCUCAGGCGGCAGGGCCCAACCACCCAUAUCUAUCAGGUCCCCAUCAGCAGCGGGUCAGAGUACACUGACCCUUCUUCCUCCAGUCCCUCGGCCAUGAAGCGCCGGCAGUCGGCGCGGGCCAGCCGGCCCAUGUCCAUGUCUAUUUAUGAGACUGGCUCAGGUCUGAAGCCCCACCUCCCUAAGGGGGACACCCCCUACCCAGAGGAGGGUGUCCCCACCCUGCAACCCUUCCUCCCACCUCAUAUGGGAAGGGGUGCUUUUGUGGCCUCUUCAUCCCUCCCCUCCUUCCCAUCCACCCUGUCCUGGUCUCGGGACAAAGGUGCUCUAAGGGCCUCCAAGCUGGACAAGCAGAGCAGCAUGCCAGACAGUGACUAUGACAACACAACCAAUGACCAUGAGAUGAAGGACUCUGGUAGACGUGGGAGGCUGAGGAGCAGUGGCUGGCUGGGGGAGGGCAGCUCCAUCCCUGAGCUGGAUGACCUGGGGGCAGAACCGGACUCAGUGCUCCCCAGCACUGAGGAUGUCAUCCGCAAGACGGAGCAGAUCACCAAGAACAUCCAGGAGCUGCUCCGUGCCGCGCAGGAGAACAAGCACGACAGACCUUGUGAGGGUGUGCGCCGGCUCAGGCACAGUCUGGGCUGUUUCAGCACCCUGGUGCCCUGGGCUGAGAAGGACCCCUCUCCCAUGCAGCCCCUCAGCCUGUGCUCCCCUGAUCCUGCCUCCCGCUUUAUACCAUGCUCCGAAAGAAUAUAUAUGGCCGUGACAGAGAUGGCCGCUCUCUUUCCCAAGAGACCCCAUUCGGAGAUGGUGAGAGGCCCCCUACGCCUGUUGACGUCUAGCUCCUUCCGGCUCCAGGGUGAGUGUCGGAAGGCAGCGCCCCCCGAGGAAGGCCCAGGGCCCGACCUGCAGCUGGUCACCCAGCAGGUUAUCCAGUGUGCCUAUGACAUUGCCAAAGCUGCCAAGCAGCUUGUCACCAUCACCACCAAGGAGAACAGCAACUGACCAUCAUGGCCACCGUCGCAGGGCUUUUAGAUACCGUAUGGCCCUGUAACGUCUCCAUUUUGUUAAUGUAUUGUUCAUCCAUUAACUUAUGUUUUUUUUAUGCAUUGUUUUACUGUGGUCGUAAAAAAAAAAUCUGUGUUUUGAUAUUUGCAUGUAAUUUAUUUAAAUACAAAGUGUACAAAAUGAGAGUAUAAAUAUUGGGACAAAAAGACUGAACAGCUAUGGGAAAUCAUCCGUAGCUCUACUAACUGGAAGGGAGAAGCUGUUUGUCGUGAGCUACUACAGGAAUCCACAGUACAGCCAAAUACUGACAAGAUGAUUGGGCAUUUCCAGGAGAUCCUUUGUUGCUAAUAUGCAGUUUCCUAACCACACUUCUUAGUUUUGUGGUUCUACAUACUUCCAGAUACAGUAUUUCUCACACCAACGAAGAAGCCAUUUUUUUUUUUUAACUCCCGAACACCUAUACCCUCCUCCUGAGAAAUGCCUUUCAUCCACUUUGAUGCGCCUUCUCAGAACCAGGGGUCUCACACUGGCAGCCCCCAGGCCAAAUGCGAUCCAGUAUAGUAUUCCACAUGGUUAAGGAUGUGGUGAAAGCUAUGAAUAAGCCGUAAGUGUAUAACAAACUUUACUUACCUUGGAGCUACAUAACUAUGGAAUUCUAAUGUAUCAUUUAAUACAAUUCCAGCAAGCGUAGGGAGGAAUGUUGGGAGAGUUGGAUCUGAUGAACCAUCACUCAUCUGUGCACAUUUUUGCAUCCCUGCAAUGCCCAUGUCUCCCCCGUCCAAGUGUAAUUGCAUUCAUUUCAAACUGCAUCUACUAGAACCAUCUAUUAUUGCAUUUCAACACUAGUUCAGGGGGGCAAAUGAUGCUCUUCACCAGCAAUAUGUUGUACUUGUAUUGAGUUCUAGUGAAUUUUUUUAUUUAUAAGCUAAGAUGCUAGACACAGUCUUGUGCUAGAACAGUGUUAGUACUGUGACAGUGGAUAGAUUUGCAGCGCAAAUAAUCAUUUGCCCUCUUCCAUGUGUGUUUGUGCACCGUUCUAUAAUGCUGCUAGCUUUGACAUGUGCAACUAAUUGGAUCGUAGAUAUUUCGACAAGUGGCUGGUUGUCGUCAGCAUAUGGUUCAGAGCUGUGUUAUACUUGAAAUGUAAUCAAGGAAAUGUCCCUCUGCUUGACUCUUGUUCGGAAUGGACUUCAUAACAGGUGUCAGUUGUGCAGUAAUCAUAGCUACAGUUGGGGGGGAAGCCUUAUUUUUUUUUU